GCAUGCGCACAUGCACAGAGGGUGGAGAAAAGGAUUUCCAAUCGAUACCCGAGUGAAUCAACGCAGCCUCCCAUCAGAGCAGCUCCUGUCAUGGCAGACAAAUUAAACGCACAGAAAAGUGUUAAAAUAGCAGCUGGGGCUGUAGUCUGUGUUGAAAGCGAGAUCAGAGGAGAUGUUACUAUUGGCCCUAGAACAGUGGUCCAUCCAAAAGCUCGGAUUAUAGCAGAGGCAGGACCUAUUGUGAUUGGAGAAGGCAACCUGAUCGAAGAACAAGCUCUGAUCAUCAACAGUUAUCCAGAAAACAUCACCCCGGACUCUGAAGUGGAGCCAAAGACCAUGACCAUUGGUACAAACAACGUGUUUGAAGUCGGCUGUGUAUCGCAAGCCUUGAAAAUUGGUGACAACAACGUCAUUGAAUCUAAAGCUGACGUUGGCAGGAAUGUGAUUCUCACCAGUGGAUGCAUCAUUGGAGCCUUCUGUCAGGUCAACACCUGUGAGGUCAUACCUGAGAACACAGUGAUAUAUGGCUCUGGAUGUAUGAGGAGAGUUCAAACAGAGAGACCACAGCCGCAGACCCUCCAACUUGACUUCCUGAUGAAGAUUUUGCCAAAUUACCACCAUUUGAAGAAAACAAUUAAAGCAAGCCACAUGACCAGUUAAAAUGUAACAGUAAACUGUUUAAAUAAAUUAAAUUGCUUUGUUUGAAGGUAACAAAUGUAUAUAGUUAUUAAACACCAAGAAUAGUGCCCUUUUGGUAUUUUCUACUCUGUAACUGUAGAUUAGUCAUUUCCCUUUGCUUGUUUAUUCUUUUCUAAGAUUGAAAAAAAAAAAUAUUUUCCCUCAAGUUUUGGGAGAUGGACUUUAAGUACUGACCAAUUAUUGUUAGAGAUUUGAAACCGUAUUGUGAAACAAUGAAAUUUAUUAAAAUAAAUCCAAAAGUCUUGUAUUCUGAACCACUGUGCCAUGGUUCUGCAAAGUAAAAGCAGAACCAUGGUUUUAGAAAAGAUGGAGAUGUUUUUAUGCUGGGUCUUCCACACAUCUGGUUAACAUCAGAACAUCUCUUUACUCAAAUUGCACCUUUCAAAACACAUCUUUGCUUUCAACUAAAAAUAGUCAGAGUAAUAUUAACACAUAUUAACCGCAUUUACAUUUUAUCUGUAAGUAUGAUGUGCCCACUUCUGUCCAGCUUUCAUGUGCUUACAGAUCUCGGUACUCUUCCCAAAACGUCCUUGAGGUUUGAUUGACCAGUGACUCUAAAAAGCAUUCCACAACACUGCUGCUAUUGGCUCCAUGUAAUGUCUACUGAUCCCUGGAGGGAAUGAAAAUAAAUGAACAUGCUAGGUUGUUUUUUUUCUCUCUUUUUUUUUUUUGACAGAACCGCAACAAAGUCUGUAUUGUAUAGCCAGGGGCUUCAUCUGCUGCCACCUCGGAUUAUAGUUUGCGGUUUCACUUCUUUGCAGGCACACCAUCCGUGUAGUCCUCCAGAACUCCUGCCAGAUGGUUGUUAUGGGUUUUGAAUUGUCUCUUCCUCUGCCCACUUUGCUUCUUUCUCUUUUGAACUGGCAUCUGCAGAGAAGCCAGAAUCCAAAGUUAAACAGGAUGAUUGUUCCAGUACAGAAUAAGUGUGACUAGAUAUAUAUUUUUUCUUGUCUCUAAAAGAAGGUUUUAUACAAACUUGCUGAAAUAAAUAUGGGAUACAGAAAA